UUUUCCAGUAGGAUUUUGUAAAGGAACAGCUCUGGCCGUAUCCGCCGUGCGGCGGCUUAUGAUCAGAUAUAAUUGUAACGAAAUAUCACCGGUGUACUAAGUGCUUAUACCUUAUAUUAACAAACACAGAGGUCGUUUUUUUCUUUCGGUUUAAAUAGAAAUGUGCUAUGUGUGUGAAAAGUGAUUAGUGCGAUUGAUGUAUCAAAAAGGUUGUGAGCUUAGUGGUGUGGGUGAAUUAAUACAUAAAAAUGACGGAAUUCUUCGGAUCGUGGAACAAGCCCGAGGGCGAUGUAGAGGAGGAGGAGGAGACCGUAGAGGAGGAGACCGAGACGAUCACCACCACUACCAAGAGCACCAAAACAAAGAGGAUAGUUCCACAAAAAUCGUCGUCGACGAAGACUACGACGAUGACGACGCCGGCCAAGCUGUUUGGACGAGAGUUGUCGAACUACGACGAAGUGGACGUCGAUGAGCUAUUGGCUAAGCUGUCACAAGAGGAGCUGACUAUGCUCGCCAAGGAGGUUGAUCCAGAUGACAACUUCCUCCCCCCCGACCAGCGCAACAAUUACGACUGUGAGAAGGACCCCACGGGACCUCUCAAUCGCAAGAAGUUAAUCGAGCACAUCAACAAACAGGCGCUCGAGACCCCAGACCGGCCUGAGGUCAAACCUUAUGUGGCUGGUGUUGUCCGAGGGAAGAAGUGGAUCCCGCCGCCGCCGCCAGAGCGGACGCGCGAAGCGGACGAACAGAUCUCCAUCGACCUCGGCGACGAGUACGAGCAGGCGUUGGGCACCGCCUCGCAGGAGGAAAUCAUCGACUUGGCUGCCAUCCUCGGCUUCCAUUCGAUGAUGAACCAGGACCAGUACCACGCGUCACUACUCAACAAGGGCCAGCCCGUCGGCCUCGGCUGGGAUGGCAUCACCAAAGCUACCAAGCAAAAGGUGUACCCCAUGGACCCCCCCAACGACACGGACCCGGACUCGACCAUCAAGAGCGUGCAGGACAACGACCAGAAGCUCACUGAUCUCAAUUGGAAUAAUAUUAAGAAUAUAAGCGACGAGAAAUUCGAUAAGCUAUUCGAAGGCCUAAAGACCAACACACACCUCGAGGUCCUAAGCCUCGUGAACGUCGGCCUCACGGACCGCUCCGCUGCGCUAUUGGCCGCAGCCUUAGAGGCCAACACCGCGCUGCGAGUCGUCAACGUGGAGACCAACUUCAUCAGCCCCGCUGGGGUCGUGCAGCUGGUCAAAGCGUUGCUGACUAAUAAUACUGUUGAGGAGUUCCGUGCUUCCAACCAGCGGUCGCAAGUUCUGGGCAACAAGAUCGAGAUGGAGAUCACGGCGCUGGUGGAGCAGAACCCCACGCUGCUGCGGCUCGGCCUCCACCUCGAGUACAGCGACGCGCGCCACCGCGUCGCCUCGCAUCUGCAGCGCAACAUCGACCGGAAUUGCCGAUUACAAAAGCGCGCGAGCGCAUCCCUAAGCCUCCGCCUGCCGCGCGGCCCGCCGCCCGGCGUGGGCGUCGACUCCAGCUUCUUCAACAUGACCCCGCCCAGCGCCGAGGCCGUCACGCCCACAGACCCACAAGUCAUCACCGAAACCGUAGAGGGCUCCGUCACUGUCGAAGCGAAACCGCCCGAAUUCGACACCUCAGAGCGAACUGUACCCGUCGAUUUGGAGUCAGAAGACAGAUUUGUGAAGGCGGAACGACCCGACUUUAACCCCAAUCCCCACUCUACGCCAGCAGCGACGGAGCAAGACCAGCAACUAGAACCUUGAUCGACCCUUUUUGGUGGGCGCAUCCGCCGCGUGUCCCAGUUCACACGGAGCCGCAGCUACGUGGUGGGCUGGAUCCCCUGAGCUUGCUACCACUGCCUACCUGCGCUCGCUGGCUACUAGGAACCGGGUGCUUGUGCGAAACAACUGUUAUCUACUUAAAUAUUGAGAAAAAUGUAUUAACGCGUAUGAUUCGUAUGCUUUGGCACGGAUCUUGAGAUAUUACAUUUUAAACCACUUCACUAAAAUCCUUGAAGGAUUACAUUUCUCACUGACUCUUUAAGAGUUGAAUUGAAUGCUCGCUUUGUUGUAAGCUGUGCGAAUAAUUACCGUCACACUACGCACUAUCGUGAGCUCUGGAGGCCUUGCCAAGAUGCCAAUCGAUUGAGCCGUAGCGAAAGAAACGCUAAUGUCUCUCUGUCACUUAUAUGGAAGAGUAGAGAGACAUUACCGUUUCAUUCGCUACGGCGCAAACGUUUGGCAUCUUGGCUGGACCCUCUGGCCUGACCUUACUAGGGUAACACUGCGUACAGAAGAAGUUACUUCCCUAAUGCUUUUUAAGGCAUCGUAUUCCAAGUAACUGUCUCGCAAAAAAUAAAUCUACCAAUGAAAUGAGAAAAUUAUGGCGAAAGAUAAUUACGUUCAUGUUGAACGUUGAUUUCUAUCAAAAUAAAAUUAAUUACUUUUAAAUUUUCUUGAAUACUGCAGAAUUUGAAUAAUGAAAUGAGAAUUUGAACAUACCUUUAUUAACUCAUAGAAGAUAAUAUAAUUGUUUCGCACAAUCACAACGAUCCAUCAGAUUGAGUAACUGUGCGAUUGACGACCGAAUGUGAGCGGACGAGCGUUACGGUUAGACCUAAACCUAUCAUCAUAUCUAGAAGCGCUAAAGCCAGGAAAGUCUUGCUGUUACAUUCUUAUUUGGUCAAAUAGAAAGUGAUGAGAUGUUAUUACGGAAACGAUGGCUGGCCCAUCGUUUAGACCGAAUGGCGUGCUUAUAAAUUCAUAAUGGACACUUUGAAGUGCAAAUGCAAAAGUUGUUGUUCAUCAAUGCACAAUUUUUACAAUAUUACAGUUUUAAAGUACAAAUGUAGUGCAUAAUUGUUUUCCAUCGUAUUUUCUCGGAAACUUUCGUAUUUGUCAUGCUACUUCAGUCAACCGCAGUACUAUUUGUACCGGACUGAAAUAGCAAGACACGUUCGUACAUUUCCGUGGAAAUACGAUGGAAAAUAAUUAUGUACUACAUCUGUAUCUCGAUUAAACCUCAUAAUGACCUUAAAGAACUCCUUGAAGAAUAAGAAGAAUGUUACUCUUAAUUAACUUUUCUAAAUUCCGAAUAAAAUAAUUAACUUUUCUAAAUUCCGAAUAAAAUAAUUAACUUUUCUAAAUUCCGAAUAAAAUAAUUAACUUUUCUAAAUUCCGAAUAAAGAUCGUAACACUCGUCGAUGUGUGGGUGAAGUAGCGUACGUUUUAAUAUUAAUUCUUACUCUAGUGUGCUAAUAAAUUGUAUUAAUUUUAUCAUAAAAUGUAAUAUAUCUAGAUGUACCGACAUUCCAUUCACGCAGGACAUUGUUUUUACACAUUUAAAUUAUUACCUUUUUUAAAUUAUUUAUAAAAAACCAUGUGCUAAAAUUAAGCUAAGUUCUACCUUCUAAUCUUAGAAUUUUAAUUGACUGACGAGUGCAAUUUUAAUAACGGUAUGGAAUACCAAGUACUAUUAUUAAAAAUCUAUUUUAUUUCAAAUAUUUCUCUUGAACAAUGUUCUGCGUGUGUGGAGGUGUUACAAAAGAGCACGCGGUUCGUAUUGUUGUAGUGCCUUCGCUGAGGCUUUCGUAUGCGCAUAAUGAAACGAGAAAAGUAUUUCAGUAACUUUUGUGUCCCCGAAAUAAAGGAAAAGCAACUCUGUUCCUUUUAAUUAAGAUUUAAAUUUCAUUGGAGGUAAUUUGUACUAGUUUUAUGACAUUGAACCCCAAGAGGAUAAAACAUACCAGAAAAUUACACAUAGCCAAUACAAUACUUUUGUAUAGACUUUGCAUGUAGCCCAAAAUUUACUUGAGUAUUGAAUACUCUUAACUCUUAACACAUUCAGUGCCGAAAACCCGACUAUCGGGUAUUUUAUGAUGUCGUUCCCAGGCCGGACGAUCCGAAAGUCGGGAUCGUGGUACUACAGCUUUAUAUGACCAAAUUGUUAUGGCCUGGCGCGGAUAUCUUGUUUGGCUGGGUGGCAAUGAAUGUGUUAAAUAAAUCUUUUUAUUGUGUCCAUUAAGGACUAGGUUUAACAAUAUGCCUGCGUCUAACUGGGUGCCAAUGGCAAACUUUUGGAGUAUACAUAAAACAGAACGAUCUACUUUUCUCUCUUCAUUAUAUAAUAGACAAACACCAACGAUAAGCCUCCGCCGUACUGAGUAGCUUUCAUACCAACUGCUUUUUUGAAUAAACAGUUUGCUUAUUUAAAAUGUAACUUUAUGUAUAUUUGAAUAGUGAAUCUACUGGGGGAACUAAGUGUCCAUAACAUUGUGAUAAACAUCAUGUUUUUCCAUUUUGAAAUACUGCUUCGUCUUUUAGUUUAAGGUAGGAACAACUUAAGAUCAGUGGGAAGGAAUAUGGGCGAAUGAUAUUAUUCAUUCUACGCUCUUUUUAAUUCGCUACGAGUUUUGACUGCAAUGUCGGUAUCUCGGUUUUAAAGAUGUGUUAGAAUUUAUGUCUAUUUAUAAGUACCUAACCAACAACAAGUACAUAAACAACAACAACAAACAACAACAACAACAUUUACAAGUACAUUUUAACUAUACGACGUAAAUAUCUAAUAUAUCUUUAAGAAAUCGAGCCUCAAAGUUCGCUUAGAUUUAAAAUUAUGAUAUAAUAUUUAUAUCAUCAGGUUGACGGCAACUCGAUAGCAUAUUAAAUUGAUUCCUAGUACAAUCGCUUACACCUUACACUGUUAACUGUUCAUCGGUGGACCUUAUGCCUUUUGUAAUAAGGACCACCGAUGUACAGUUAUGAGUGUUGCUGAUUGUACGUCGGUUUUGGUGCUGAUGUGUAAACAAAUCAUUAUAUAACGACUUUAGGUACAAUUAUUAAGACUUGUAUAUCCCUUUUACUAAUUCUCCUUGAUUUUAAUGGCUCUCUAAACUUACUUAAAAUCUUGAAGUGUUCGUACAAGGCGUUUUCUAUGAAAAUGUACCUUAUGUAUAACAUCUGAUUUCUUGUUCCUACCUAAAGUUAUGUAAGAGAGAUUAUUUGUAUAUGAAUUUAGAUAUUUAAAUAUUCUUUUAUUAAAAACGUCAUGAAAUUAUAAUUAAUAUAAAUUGUAUUUUUAUUGUAAUUUUAGAGAUAUUUGUUGAUUCAGUUCAGGAGCAUUUUGGUCCAACGAAAACCUUGACUAGUAGAGUCGCAGUUCUGUAGUUUUUUAGACGUGUAAAAAGUCCAAUAAAGCACAUAAAUAUCGCAA